GGAACAUCUAAUUUCCUCACCGGUCAGAGAGAGGUUUAAUUGUUAUCCCAGCCCGCUCCCUGGCCGGGGAUGGGGUGAGCAAUUUCACGGGUUAUAGACUUUAGAGAACCUCAUUAAGGGCUUUUUAAAAUGAAUUUCCAGUUCCAGGCUAACCCCGACUACCAGCUGAGCGGUGACGACACCCAGCACAUCCAGCAGUUCUAUGAUCUCCUGACCGGCUCCAUGGAGAUCAUCCGAGGGUGGGCAGAAAAAAUCCCCGGCUUCACCGACCUCCCCAAAACGGACCAGGACCUGCUCUUCGAGUCUGCCUUCCUGGAGCUGUUCGUGCUGCGGUUGGCGUACAGGUCCAACCCCGUGGAGGGGAAGCUAAUCUUCUGCAACGGGGUGGUCCUGCACCGGUUGCAGUGCGUCCGUGGCUUUGGGGAGUGGAUCGAUUCCAUUGUGGAGUUUUCCUCCAACUUGCAAAACAUGAACAUCGACAUCUCUGCCUUCUCCUGCAUCGCUGCCCUGGCCAUGGUGACAGAGAGGCACGGGCUGAAGGAACCCAAGAGGGUGGAAGAGCUUCAGAACAAGAUUGUAAAUUGUCUCAAAGACCAUGUGACUUUCAAUAACGGGGGCCUGAAUCGCCCCAACUAUUUGUCCAAACUCUUGGGGAAGCUCCCCGAACUCCGCACGCUUUGCACGCAGGGGCUGCAGCGCAUUUUCUACCUGAAACUGGAAGAUUUGGUGCCACCGCCAGCAAUAAUCGACAAACUUUUCCUGGACACUUUACCUUUUUAAGACUCUUCCCCCGUGCGCUUCCGCUGACCCGAGGAGAAGCUCCACCUGUCUGAAGGGGAGCUGGUCUGGGCCCAGAGCAGCACCCCUGGGUGCCAGCUCCCACCCCAGCCAGUGUUGCGAACUCCUGCAGGCAGAACGCGAUGGGCAUUUUGGCUCUGGGGCAUCAUGGAUGCAGCUCAUGGACUACACAAAUACCAUGGUAUAAACUUUUUAUUAUCGGCUUCUAAAUGAAUUUAUUGUUAAGGACUUCUGAGUGGAAAGGUGACCCAAUCUGGCGACGCCGGGCGCGCAGCUCAGACCCACGCGGUGACAAACCGAGUGUUGAGGGACCCACGAGUGUCACCCUCCUAAAGACUAAAGUUUUCUGCUGUAAAAGAAAGCUGUAAUAUACCCAAAGCCCAAACGUUGCGUGGGUGGCGUGGCAUUGGAGAAGGCUUGUAAAUUUAUCGGAUGCGGUUUGGCUUUUUAAAAAAUUAUUCCGUGCCUAUUUAUGAAGAAAUACGGAAAAUAAUUCUAGAAAAAAAAAUAAAAAUAAAAGCUAAACGUGUUUGGGGAAAAAAAAAUAAUU